AAAUGAACAGUACGCCUCAUCAAGACCCACCUGUGACAUGGCCGCACUUAUAUAUGCCCUGCUAAAGAAAAGGACAAUCAUUACCGAUACCCACUUCGUUCCACUCGACAGGGCGCGCGCCUAAUGUUACAUAGCUGUUAGGUAAAGUUGUUAUAGUUGAAGUAUUCCUCGGAUAUGGCGAGCAUAUUACAAAUAGUGUUUUAUGUUGGACUCUACGCGGCUCUCUCUGCCGCACAGGGUCCCUCUGUCACCACGUUUUAUGGGGAAAUUCGUGGCGUCUACGGCAAGGUGAUGUACACAAAUCCGGCGCUGAUCACAGUACACAGGUACCUCGGGAUUCCUUUCGCUAAGCCGCCAGUCGGGGAUCUGAGAUUCCGGAAACCAGAGCCUCUGACGAUGCUCAAGACACCGUACAUUGCGAGCGCCUUUGGAAAAACGUGUCCGCAAUUAGGAGACGGUAUCCUACUGGAACCGUUGGAACGUCAGUCUGAGGAUUGCCUGUUUCUGAACGUCGUUGUGCCCGAAAGAUCGCCGGCAUCUGACAAGAAUCAUGCCGUCAUGGUGUUCUUCUACGGUGGAGGGUUCACCACUGGGUCAUCGACGACCUACGACGCGCAGUUCUUGGCGGCCUACGGCAACGUAAUCAUCGUCACUGCAAAUUAUCGCAUUGGCCCGUUCGGUUUCAUGUCGACCGAGGACGAGAACUGUCCUGGUAACUUCGGGCUUUGGGACCAACGGCUGGCUCUGCAAUGGGUGAACUCCAACAUUGCUUCGUUCGGAGGUGACCCCAAUCGAGUUACCAUCUUCGGUCAGUCCGCCGGCGCAGUCAGCUGCAACUACCAAGCCAUGUAUCCGCCCAAUCGAGGGCUCUUCCAAAAUGUCAUCACUCAAAGUGGAACGUUUUCAAACACGUUCAAUAAACCAGUCCCCAAUGCGAGAAAGUACGCACUUAGGCUCGCGAACCAAUUAGGAUGCGCUUCAGACAGCACGCUAGACGCAGUGGAAUGCCUUCGGAAAGUCGCCUGGGAAGAUCUGAACGACGCUCUUGUGCUCUUAGGAAAGACCGACCCCACAUUCACGAGGUUCUCGCCCGCGGUGGACGGCGAAUUAGUGAAAGUGCACCCGUUACAGUUGUUGGAUAUGUACCAGAAUACAUACACGGAGGAAGUCGAGUUCUUCAGGUCUCUUCACUACUUGAAUGGAGUCAACCAGUACGAGGGCGCGGCGUCUUUGUUCUCUACCCUUGGUAAUCCCGCUGCUAAAAAUCUGGAGGAAGCGUUAUCCAAUUUUUUCUAUGCCAUUGGCGUCUCACCGACGCGCAAGGCUCUAGUAGCAGCGGUGGUCCACGAGUACGAAAACUGGAACCGGCCGUUUAAUACGAAGGAGGUACAACUGCAGGCGGUGAGGAUCUUUGGGGAUUUUACAUAUGGUGUGUCCGCUGUUCAGGCCUUACUCAUGCACGAAGCGGGCCCUGCGAACUCCUACGCCUACCGGUUCAUGCCCAAGCCCAGUGUGAACAUCUUGGGCACGCCAGACUGGGUGCCAGGAGCUAACCAUGGGGAGGAAGUGGUAUUCGUGUUCGCUGCUGUGGGGGUGUUCCUGCAGCAGCCCUGGGAGGUACAAAUGGCCACACACCUGGUCACCUACUGGUCCAACUUCGCAAAGACCAGGAAUCCCAAUACCCCAUCCACUCCUUCUGUAAUGUGGCCUGUAUAUGACAAAGUCAACAUGACCUACAUAGAGCUGGACAAAGACGCUGUCACCACCAAACAUUACUUUUUGGCGAAAGAGCACCACUUCUGGAACAACUUCAUGGCACUCUCCAUGGAAACUACGGAUUCAAAUAAGUGUGACAAACCUGUGGUGGCUGCUGCGUCAUUAAUGAGGUAUUAUUUGUCUCCAAGAUGGUCAGAUGGUCGCUGCGGUCGCGAUGCUGUUCGCUCCCAGUGA